CCGGACAUAGCCACGCAGAAGGGGCCAGCGAGCGAGCGAGCGGCGGCCGCUCCAGCGCCUCAGCAGCCCCGAGCUUUCUCCCCUCCCCCCUUCGCCCCACCGGGCUCGCGCGGACCAGAGGAGGCACCGAGGAUGGCGCGAGGCGGCGGUUGCCUGGGGCAACCCCGGCUGCGGCGGCGGCUGCUGCUGCUGCUGCUGGGCGGCCUCCUGUGCCUGCCCGGCUGGCCUCCGGCGGCGGCCGCCCCGCAGGGCCGCACUGGGCGGGGGCAGCCGCCCACCCCGUGCCAGGCGCCGCUGCAGUGGGAAGGGCGCACGGUGGCGUACGACCACAGCAGCGGCAGGAACACCAGGGCGGCGGUGUCUUACGACGGCCCCGACCAGCGCCUCCGGCUCCUGGAGGAGAGAAAGGGGCUCAUCCCCUGCAAGAAAUUCUUUGAAUAUAUAUUUCUCUAUAAAGAUGCAGUGAUGUUUCAGAUUGAACAAGUCACAAAGCUGUGCUCAAAGAUUGCUUUGACUGAGCCAUGGGAUCCUUAUGAUAUUCCUGACAACUCCACUUAUGAAGAUCAGUACUACAUCGGGGGGCCUGGAGAUGAAAUUAUGGUACAGGAAUGGUCUGAUAGAAAACCAGCCAGGAAAUUUGAGUCCUGGGUUGGCGUUUACACAGUCAAGGACUGUUACCCAGUGCAGGAAACCUACACCAAGAACUACAGCGUGACAACCUCCACCCGCUUUUUUGAUCUACAGCUGGGUAUUACUGACCCCUCUGUGUUUACCCCACCCAGCACCUGCCAGGACGCCCAGCCAAUAAAGAUGAAAGAUGAAUGCUGAUUAUGAACAACGGGUUGCCAAAUGCAAACAAUAACAUGGAGGAUAAUUAUUAAUAAUCAGCAACUGACAUGUAACCUGAUUUUUGCUCUUUUUGGAAUUGUGAGUUUUCAUUUGAAAGAGAACACAAUAUUUAAUUGAACAAGAGGGUAAGAUGUGUAACAGAAAGGAUAUCUUUAUGUUAGUGUUUCACUAAAUUAAACUCUGUUCAACGAUGCACUUGGUGUGUUUGUUACUGAAAAAGUAAUGUUUAUAGGCACUAUUUUAGCUGUGAAUAUUUUUUGAAAGUUUCAUUAUUUAAUAUUUUAAAAUGCCAACACAAAAGUAUAUUGUGCUCCUAUUAACAUAAAAGAAAAGUUGUUUGGAGGAUUUUAUGGAGUUGGUAAAAUAUAUUCUGUGUAAGAGCUUAACUGUAACCAUAAAAUGGCAUAGCUUAAGAAGACUACAUCAGAGUGAUUAAAUGCAUUCUCUUGGUUUUUUUAUCCUUGCUCUUCAAAAAGCUGUCAGUCAAGUGUACAGGGGUUUGAGGUUGUUGGCUUUUUGCAAAGAAACCAGAGUAACUAUUCAUAUAAUACGAUGUGACUGAUGUAAUACUUUAAUGGGUGGAAAAUAAAAAAUUAAGCCAAAGUUUUCUUACAUUUACUAAUCCUUCAGUGAAGCCUUUCUGAUUAGAGAUUUUUCUGUUUUAUUCAUUUCUAAUUCAUGCUUUGUCAAGGCAUUUUUGCUUUUAACCUAUGCAAGGAAAUUAAAAGAUACUGCAUGCUGAAUUGCUAUAAUUGUCUGUAACUCCUAUUUUCAGAAGUCUUUCUUUUUUUCAGAGAGUAUGAAAGGCCUUUACAAUUUCAGGUAGAAGUAAAAAGCACCUGCUCCUAUCACCUAACUAGUCAAAGCCAUAUUAAUGCACAUACAGCUCCUCACAUUGCAAUUCAAAUGAAAAACCUAAAUGUGUGACAAAAGGGAAAAUGGUAUUUUAAAGGCCUUUUGCGUGAUAUGAUUACAAUGCACUAUAAGCGAAACACGAAUGACAAUCCUGCUUUUGUUUGCACACAUUCCUUUGAUCCCUGAACAUGUUCAUUGUUAAAUCAGCAUUCCAAAACAUUAUCAUCCACAUAUAGCUAUUUGCUGGUGGAAGGAAUGAGAGCUUAGUUAUAAAGAAAGAAAGAAAGAAAAACCAAAAAGCCCCAGGUAAUGUACAUUUUUAGCAGUACUAGCUUUUAUCACUUAGACACUGUAGCACAUUAUGUAUUUUCCUUUCAGAGCUGGAGUCCUGAAGGAAUUUUCUUUAGUGGAGCUCUUUCUGCAAGUAUACAUGUGAACUAGCUGAAAUAUAACUAAUUAAUGAUAUUUGCCCAAACAUUAAAGUUUAUGGAGAUGUGCUAGUGGAAAUAGAAUUGGAUUUCCUAUCAAUUUAGUAUGCAUUUAGUCUAUGUGAUUCCUCUGUAAUUUUGUGACAACUUAAAUACUAAUUGCAUAUUGUUUUCAUUAGGGCUUCUUGUUGAAAGCUGGAAAAUAUAAUAAACUUGGCUAGCAAACAUGGAACUGUGAUUCCACAUCAUUAGGCUUUGUUGUGGUUUGACAGAUAACUAUGUAAUCUCUCUGUGUGCGGGUGUAAUACCAUGUCUAUAAUUAUAUUGGUUCUAACAAUAAUAUUAGAUGGUCUUUUAAUAUUCAUUUGCAGAAGUCUGUAACACAAAGUGCUUUUAAAAAUUUUGCAGUGACAUCCAAGUUAAUUUUCAAUGGCAAAAUAUAUACGGUUUAAAACAAUGCUGUUUUUGAAUUUUUGAGUUCUGCUCUAUAUAUUCAAUAAAGGGACUUGU